AUGCAGACUCUUUUGCAAGUUCUUUAAGGGAUAAUUUUUACUAUUAUACAUAUAUAGAAUACUAUGUUGGACAUAUCAACAUUGAAUUACAUGUCUCUAUAAUAGUUGAGUUUUUACAAACAUAUGAAAUAAAUACAGUUAGGAUCAGAAUAUGGGACGUGGACAACCAAUUAGCUGAUUAAUAAAUUUUCGUUGUUGGACAUGAUAGAAUUACAGAGACAGAAAUUUUAAAUGAUUAUGCCUAAUCUGUAUAGAUUGGUUAUUAAUAAUUAUUUAAUUUAUUAUUUAAAUUAAGACUAAGAGAUUAACUCUUUACCUAAAGGUAAUUAAGUUUCCUGA